AUGGCGCCGCCGCCAACCUCGCGCCCAGCACCACCGCCGGAGCCGCCGUUCCUUCGAACCCCACACGAUCUCCUCGAGGAAAUCUUCCUCCGCCUCCCCACUGCCGCGGACCUAGCCCGCGCCUCCACCGCAUGCGCCACCUUUUGCAGCGUCAUCACCGGCCACGCAUUCCUCCGUCUUUACCGCACCCUCCACCCGCCGCCUCUCAUCGGCUUUCUCCACGACCCGUUCAGUCCGGCGCAGCCGCCGCACCCUUCCGCCGUCGCCGCCCGCGCCUUCGCCGACUUCAGUUUCUCUUGCUCCUCCUUCCUCCCCGCCACCGCCGGCCAGACCUUGCCGUGUGACCCCGUGCAUCGCCGCUACAUCCUGCUGCCCGCCGUCCCCGACGACCUGAAGGCGCUGGUCCGCAGACCGGACCUUUUUGGUCUAGAGACUUUCCUUGCUCCCGGCGACGAUGAGGAGGACCCUCUAUCAUUCAGAGUGAUGUGCUUGGCGCAAUGCAGAAUGCAUCUGCUGCUUAUUGUCUUCUCCUCUUUGAACGGACAAUGGCGUGUUCUUACAAACGACCAAUGGAGUUCUCGGGCUACACUUGCUUCCUUUGAAAACUCUGAGCCUGGGCUUUCGGAUCGACAGUUCGUCCACGGAUGUUUCUGCUGGCAAUUGCAUUUCCUGGACAAGUUGCUUCUGCUCGACACGCACACCAUGGAGUUCUCUGAUGUCGACCUCCCGCCUGACCAUCGAGGGAUGGGUCGAUCUGUCAUUGUCGAGGCAUCGGAGGGAAAGCUUGGCAUGCUCACUAAAUGGUAUGAUCAGGACACUGAAAAUGACCCACUCUGGCUCACGUAUUCUGUUCUACGAAAUAAUCAAUGGCACUGGGAGAAGGACAUCCCGAUGCCGGUAAAGCGUGCAAUUCUGGUUGGUGUAGCUGGGGGAUACUUGCUUUUACACGUGUUGUACACCACGCCUUCACAAGAGGAUCUGAAGUUUGGAUACUUCUCGGUGGACUUGAAGACAUUGCAAGUCGAGUUGUUCGCUAGGCUUAGCAAAGCGAUCUCAGCUGGUCAUCUAUAUGCUGGUUUCCCACCAUCCCUGUCUCCACCAACUAUCUGA